AUGAAAUCUAAGAAAAAAUGUGAACCAAUCAAAUUGUUCGAUAACAUUUACGGAAGUCAACUGGAUUUGUUUACAUGGUCGUUUGGUCGAAGGCAGUUUGGAUUUCAUUUGACUUUCGAUAAAGAUGGCAAGAACAUAAAGAUUACCAUGACGACUGUUAGGGAGGCGGGACUGUCCCGCCCGGAGGCGGGGCUUGAUCCUAGAUUGACAGCCAAUGGGGCCCCUAAAGAGGAGGAGGAGUGUCACGUGUCCCAAAAGCUGGCUGUUUUACAGGAGGAAAGUCUGAAGCCAAUCAAAGAGGACCUGGCUGAAUGGAUUGCCAGGACUCUUGGUAUUGACAUCUCAACAGACAAUUUUCUGGACGUUCUUGACAAUGGGGUACAUUUGUGUAAUCUGGCCAAACUAAUCCAGGGUAAAGCUGAGGAGUGUGUCAGGGACGGGAGCUACACAGAGCCCCUACCAAAAGUGUCAUUGAAGUACCGUAAGAAUGCCACGCCUGGAAGCUGGUUUGCCCGAGACAAUACGGCUAACUUCCUGAACUGGUGUAAGGCGUACGGAAUGGCCGACGAUCAGAUGUUUGAAACAGAGUACUUAGUUUCCCACACGGGAGAGAAGUCUGUGUUGAUGACCAUACUUGAGCUGGCCAGAAUCGGCUACAAGUUUGGUCUGGAUCCUCCCAAUCUGAUCCGGAUGGAGAAGGAAAUCGAAAAGGAAGAGGAAAUCCCGGAGGUCAAACCGGAGAAACCCACGGGUCUCGAUGCUGAGGUCAGAAGAAUUGCCUUUCUUUGUAAAUGUCAUGAUCAUGUGAAGAAGCUAGGGGAAGGAAAAUACCUCAUCUUUGGAAAAGUUGUUCAAAUAAGGUUCCUAAAGAAUCGUCACCUGAUGGUACGAGUGGGUGGGGGCUGGGAUACACUGGAGCAUUAUUUGAUCCACCACCGCCCCGUACAGGUGUUUGAACACAAGAGACUGAUCGUGGGAGAACCCCCCGACAUCGGAAACAAAUACCUGUACUUCAAAUCAAAGUAUAAAUCCCAUGCUCAGGUGGCCAGUGAACAGAAUGGGCAUGCCCAUUGAGGAGGUGACUCGUGGGCAAAAUGGGCUCACUGAAAUCAACAAGUGGAUAUGUACACUUUAUUUUACGGGAAUGCCUUUUACGAGAAGAUUGAGUCGCUGUUGGAUAUUAUGAAAGCUGUGCUCACGUUGAGUUUGUUCACAUUAUUUAUAUUUUAAUUAAUAUGUUGAUUGGAUUAAGGUUGUUAUGUUUUUGUAUUUGGACAUUGAUGAUAUUGCAAAAGGUUGUGAAGAAUUUUACUGGAAGGAAUUUUUAAUAAUAAUCAUUUUAUUAUGCUGUUAAUCUUGCACAAUGUAUAUCUUGUAUACUUAUUUUUGUUUACAUUUUUUUUACAGUAUUUUCUGUUUAUUUAUUUUUUUGUUUCACACAUUGCCAGCAAAUCUUUUGUUGUGUUAUACAUAAAACAUCAUUUUUGUUUAUCAGAAAAAGAACAUAUUGUUUUUGUGUUCUCAAAGUAUGGGUGUGAUCAAAUUCAGUGUUUUUUAAACACCAAAGGUGCUCAUGUGAUAUUCCUUAGCUUAUUUUUUAAGUUAAGUACAUACAUGUACAUAAAUUUGAAAUGCUGCUUUUUCAUGUAGAGUUAUUAUUGUAACAGAGUAAAGUAUGAAUGAUUUGUUUGAUAUUUUAGAAUUCAACUAAUGUCCAACUUUUAGAAUUCAACUAAUGUGCAACUAACUUGAAAGUCACUCAAGCAUUAAACCAAAUCUAUAAUUCAACUGAUUUUUGCAUAGCACGGAAUACUGCUGAUUCAUUUCUUCUUCAAUCUGUAUGUAAGAGACUAUUUUUUUUCCUUUUCAUAGCAUUUUUCACCAUUUCUUUUCUGUUCCUAGAUAUAAAUGAUUUCAUUUUCAAGCAUAAAGAUAAAAUUUUU